AUGUUGAGUAAAAAACGCAAAAUCGACAGCGAAAAUAGGAAGUUUAUGAACGAGUGGACUGAAUUAUAUUUUUUUAUAUUGCCUGAAAGGGUUAGAGCCAUUCCAGUCUGUUUAAUUUGCAAUUCAACUGUCGCUAUUAUUAAAAUUGGAAAUUUAAAACGGCAUUAUGGAACUACUUAUAAAGAUUUUCAUACAAAAUUUCCUCCAGACAGUGAAGUGCGUAAAAAUAAGGUCCAUGCAUGUAUGUUAUCUUACAAAAAUAGUACGACUACACUUAUACGGUGUAUGAGUGAACAAGAGAAAUCAACUGAAGCAGCGUUGCGUAUGUGCUGGGUUCUUAAUAAGCACCAAAAACCGUUUUCCGAUUACGAAAUAGUAAAAGAGUGUAUGUUGGAAGUGGCUACUGCACUUUUUCAAGAAAAUAAAAAAAAAUCGUUACCUCUAUCCAAGAUAUUCCUUUGUCGGCAAGGAGUAACACAAGAAGGACAGAAAUGUUGGCAGCCGAAAACAAAAAAAGCUUAUUUGAACUUUUACAUAAGUCACCGUGCUACUGCAUUGCGCUUGAUGGAUCUUGUGACUUAG